GUGCGGGGCCAGGAAGGAAACAGAGAAGGAAGCGUUGGCUAGGUCUGGUCUCUCUGGUCUGUAGCGGCAGCCUGGAUUGAAAGAAAAAGAACGAAAAACAAGCAAGAGAAUGGAUAUAGCUUUAUUCUCUCCAUCUUCGCUUUUCCCCGACGAAGAUGACACUUCUUCUCAUAAUGAGAAGACAGAGGCUCAGCAAAGCUACGAGGAGAGGAGGCAUGAAUUUCCCGGAAUGGAGUUGUUCAUCCGGGAAUUUUCGUUUCACCAGUUGAAUGCCAAUUUACUCUGGCCUGGGACAUUUGCUUUUGCAGAAUUUUUGGUUCAGCACCGUUCAUGGAUAGAAGGCCGGCGAUGCAUUGAAUUGGGCAGUGGCACUGGUGCUUUGGCCAUAUAUCUCCGAAAGUCUUUUUGUCUUGACAUCACGACAUCAGACUAUGAUGACCAGGAAAUUGAAGAGAACGUAGCUCAUAACUGCAGGGCUAACGGGAUUAUACCUGUCCUUCCUCACAUAAAGCAUACAUGGGGAGAAACCUUUCCUAUCACUGACCCAGAUUGGGACCUGAUUAUUGCUAGUGAUAUCUUAUUGUAUGUGAAACAGUACACAAACUUGAUAAAGACUUUGUCCUUUCUUCUCAAAUCUUACAAGCCCAAGGAUAACAAAGCAGUUAAAAGGAUGGAGAUUGAACAGAAUGGUGAAGCAGGGGUCGGGUUUCCCCAGCCAGUAUUUUUAAUGAGCUGGAGGCGCAGAAUUGGGAAGGAGGAUGAGUCCCUCUUCUUUACUGGCUGUGAGAAUGUUGGUCUUGAAGUAAAGCACAUUGGUUCCCGUGUGUAUUGCAUCAAGCCCAGGCAUGCUACUGUUUCUGGAGACAAUAUAUAGUUAAUAGUUGAAGCUGAAAUUAGAAAUUGCAAUCAGUUGAGUCGAACAAGGUCAAUAAUUCUUUGCACUCCCAUUUUUCUUUUUUAGAAUUUUCAGUAGAUAUGCUUACAUCGGGAGUGUUUUGGUAUUCCUUGAGCACAAUAGUUAUGUUGUCAUUCAAGAGUUUGAGAUGAAUUUUGGUCAGCUUUUUCUUAUUCAUGUAAAAUCAUCUGUGGCCUCUCUGUACACAAAUGACUGCCAUUGUUUUGGAAGAUUACCCAUCAUUUACGACCA